GAUGAGGUGGUGAUGGAUGUGGUGGGCCCCUUGAAGCUUGGAGCUGCUGGAGCAGAGUACUUCCUCACCAUUGUGGACGUCUACACUCGCAUGACUUGGGUGUAUGUACUGCCCAAGAAGAGUGACGUAGCUGAAACGGUGAAGACCGAUUGGUUGCCGAUGGUGGAGCGGCAACAAGACCGACUUGUGAAGGCGAUUCGCACUGACCUGUGAAGUGUCCAUCGUGUCGCAGGUGUGUGCAGCAAGCCCCGAUCAACUCAAG